CUUCCACCGAAAAUUGGUUUGAACGAGAUCUAGUAAGUAGUUUUUUUUAAUAAAACUUAAUUUAAAAAAAAUACCCUAUUAUUAAAACAUCGAUCAAAGUUACAACGAACUACAAUAACUUUUAUAUGAUGUUACUGCUGCUACAACAUUGUUUGAAACGAUGCGCAAUGAUUAGAAACAAGAUUAUCUUUAAUCUACGAGUAACGUAGAUAGUGCUAUUGGUAGUAUUUACGAGUGCAAAAACGUUAUAUAAACUGCAACCGCGUGGUAAUUUACUUACUUAAAAACUAUUCACGAACAUUACUCAAUAGUCACAAGUUUUCGCCGUAGCAGACGUUUUAAGUUACGUGAUUUGAGAAAAGAAAAUAGUAAAUUUAAAGUUAUGGAGUUACAGAAGAAUGAAACUGAUAGACUUUUUGUUGAACCAAUGGUGCCUAAACCCAAAGUGAGUCUAAAUACAAUUCUUUUCGAGGCGAUCGGUCAGUUCGGAAGGUAUCAGCUGCGGAUGGUAAUGUUGAUGGGAAUGCUGAGUGUCUUCACCGCGUUCUCGGCUGUCGAAUAUAUGCUUACUACAGGGAGAAUCAAAACCAGAUGUUUAAUUCCGGAGUGCGAAACCUUGGAAGGUGCGAAAUUUUCCCCGCCAUGGAUUUUGAACGCUGUACCGAAGAUCGACGGCUCUUUCGACAGCUGCCACCGCUUCAAGCCCGAGAGCAUCACUAUGAGGAAUGACUCCUGCCCAGCUGAGCGGUUCAUCAGAAACGUAACGAUCGACUGUACUGAAUACUUGUACGAAAAUCAUAAUACCAUUGUUUACAGUUUUGGUUUAGCAUGCGACGAAUGGCGCCGAUCACUCAUUGGUUCAGUACACACUUGUGGCAAUCUCCUCGCCUUACCCAUCACGGGCUACAUCUCCGACAACUGGGGCCGCCGCCUCGCGCUUCUCUUUAACGUCGUCAACACCGCCUGGAUGGGCUGCGUGCGCUACUGGUGCAGCAGCUACUACACGUUUCUGGUCGCUGAGCUGCUUAAAUCCAUGUUUAGUGGUGGAAUCUUCUCUUGCACGCAUAUCUUGGUAAUGGAAUUAGUCGGUCCUAAGCACCGGGUGGCGGCAGGCGCAGCUUUAAGUACUUGCCUUUCUUCGGGACAUUUCUUAGUAGGCCUCAUCGCGUGGAAUGUUCCUUAUUGGAGGAAUCUGAUACUCAUACUUUAUGCCCCUUUAUUUCUAUUUCUUUCAUAUUAUUGGUUCAUUUCGGAAUCUGUACGCUGGAACAUGACAAAGGGAAGGUAUAGAGAGGUUGAAAGUUUCCUUAAAAAGGUAGCCCAAGUUAAUAAAAGGGAAUUAACUGAGAAAUUUCAGCAAGAAUUAAAAGAAACUGUGAAUACAGAAGAAAUACUAAAAGUACGCGAAGAAGAACACAAAAAGAAGGAGCCUUGGCUGAUCGUAGCAGUAUUUCAAAAUAAAGAGAUUUUAAAACGCUGUUGCAUUGUACCGCUAUGCUGGAUAACCGUCGCCUUGAUCUACAGCAGCUUGGCAAUUAACUCAGUGAACAUGUCCGGGAACCGAUACUUAAACUUGAUGAUGGUAGCUGCAUCAGAUAUACCAGGUUAUUGGGUGGCUGUGCUGCUAAUGGAUAGGAUCGGCAGAAAGCCUGUUAUCAUUGGCGCUUUCUGGACCUGCGCUGCCUGCCAACUGGUCUACAUAAUACUACCUAAGUCUAUGUACGUCGCUUCCUUAUCAGUGUAUCUGAUCAGCAAGUUCAGUAUCGCGAUAGUGUUGAUGUCACUGUACAUCUUCACCGCAGAGAUGUUCCCGACCAAGCACAGGCACAGCUUGAUGGCUUUUGCCUCCAUGCUGGGCAGGAUUGGCGCUAUUGUGGCUCCAUUAACACCCGCACUUCUAGAUGGUACUAGCAGAGCUGAGUCCCGCUGCUGCUACUCUGUGGUUCCAGCCUGGCACCUGGACGCUCCGAGUUGCUUCGCCUCUUGUGCCAAUGACGCGUGAAUUGAGAAUUCCCGUAGCCGAGUCCAAGAGACGUCAUACUUCCUCGCGUUCGAUUCCGUCUAACAUCGUCGCCUGCAAGUCCUUGUAAAGGAGACAUUAUAAGAAAUAGCAAAUUAGGAUGUUGUCACGGCAUAAAUAGCAAAUUAGGAUGUUGUCGUCAAUCAAUAGACACCCACUGCUGGACACAAGGCUUGUAGUCAAUUCCACACGCCAUGGUCAUAACAGAGGCAAAUGAUCUGAUGCUAUACUAAAUCUAUCUAAGGUAUCUACUUACUAAAAAUGCU